AUGGCCUUCAUAGUGAAAAGUAUGUUGAGCAACCAGGUGAAGAAUUUGGGGCUUGGUGGUGGGAAUGAAGAAAAAACGGAAGAAGCAACCCCUACCGAUCCUGCUAAAGCCGCUGGGAUGACGCGAGAAGAAUACGAGGAAUAUCAAAAGCAGUUGAUAGAGGAGAAAAUGGAGAGAGAUGCUGCGUUUACCCAAAAAAAGGCCGGGAGAGCUGUUGUGAGGGUUCACUUGAGAGAAAAGUACCGGCUACCCAAGAGCGAAAUGGAUGAAACUCAGAUCCAGAUGGGCGGCGAUGACGUUGACUUGCCAGAAGACCUUCAGAAAAUGGUGGACGAAGAUCAAGGAGAAGAAGAAGAAAAGGAUUCUAUUCUGGGGCAGCUCCAGAACAUUCAGAACAUGGACUUAGACACCCUCAAAGAAAAGGCCCAGGCGACUUUCACAGAAAUGAAGCAGGCAGCUGAGGAGAAAUGUUCUGUGAUGUAA